AGCAUAUGUUUUUUCAAGUAAAGAUAAUAUUACCUGGGUUUGUAAAUCAAUGAUUGAGCUGAAAUAUUCUGGACAAGCCUAUAUUACUCUUAAGGGCAAAUUGAUUCUAUUUAAUGAUACGAUUUAUGAGAUCACCAUGUGGGACAUUGAAGAAUUAUCGAUUAAAACUCGUAUUUUAAUAGAUUGGUAUUUUGUACCUAUAUUAAUUGAAAUUAGCGUUGAUGAAGAAUUAUUAGUAAUAUGCGCAAGAAAUGAGGAAACUAAUGAAACAUGU